CAUCGCGGGUGUUUCUGACAAGGAAACAACAUCUGGCCGCCUGUGCCUUAAACGUGCAACCCCCCUUCGUCCUGUGAAAGCGUGGCCAUGGCGCACCUGUCGUAGGAUGCGGAGCCCGGCGCACCGGUGCAGGGACAUCGAGAGGCAAGCCGGCUACCUGCGGCCCGAGCACUGCGCGCCUCCGCCGCCCCGCGCCAGGACCGCCGGCAUGUGGUUCAUCCGGGACGGCUGCGGCAUCGUCUGCGGCGUCAUCACCUGGCUGCUGGUCGUCUACGCCGAGUUCGUGGUGGUCUUCGUCAUGCUGCUGCCCUCCAAGAGCCUGGCCUACAGCCUGUUCAACGGGGCGCUCUUCAACGGCCUGGCCUUCCUUGCCCUCGCCUCACACUGCAGGGCCAUGACUGACCCGGGGGCCGUGCCAAAAGGAAACGCCACCAAGGAGUUCAUCGAGAGCUUGCAGCUGAAGCCCGGGCAGGUGGUGUACAAGUGUCCCAAGUGCUGCAGCAUCAAACCGGACAGGGCGCACCACUGCAGUGUCUGCAAGAGGUGCAUUCGGAAGAUGGACCACCACUGCCCCUGGGUCAAUAACUGCGUAGGGGAAAACAACCAGAAGUACUUUGUCCUAUUUACGAUGUAUAUAGCACUAAUAUCCCUGCAUGCCCUGAUGAUGGUAGCUUUUCACUUUCUGUAUUGCUUCGAAGAAGACUGGACAAAGUGCAGUACCUUCUCACCUCCAGCGACUGUCAUCCUGCUCAUCCUCUUGUGUUUUGAGGGGCUCCUUUUCCUCAUUUUCACAUCUGUGAUGUUUGGGACCCAAAUCCAUUCAAUCUGUACUGAUGAAACAGGGAUAGAGCAGUUGAAAAAGGAAGAGCGAAGAUGGGCUAAAAAAACUAAGUGGAUGAACAUGAAGGCGGUGUUCGGACACCCCUUCUCUAUAGCCUGGCUUAGCCCCUUCGCCACCCCCGAUCACGGCAAGGCAGACCCCUAUCAGUAUGUUGUGUGAGAUGGAUGAAGUGGGCCGUCCCCAGCGCACGCCGUGGAACACGAUUGUAAACCGCACUCAAAGAACACCUCUUCAGUCUCCUGCCUUUUUUUUCCCCCUCCAGUUUCGAUGGUUUGGUUUUCUUUCGCGUCGAGCAGUUGCAGAGAAAAAGAACCGCCUUCCUCAUCUGCGUUCUGAGAUCCUGAGUCUUCUGCUUCGCCUCGGCUGUUAACGUAUUAACUGAAAUCGCUUCUCCUCCCUGUUCGCACCGGUGCAAUCUGAAUCUUUCGUUUCUGGAUGUGCUUUUAUUCUUUACCUGCCUGGCGGUACCAUGAGCUGAGAUUGCCAUUGUAUUUUCAGCCACCACCCACUGCUGAACCUCCUGCUCUGUGCUUGAAGAAAAGCCUUGGAGUCUGUUCAGUCAGUUCAGGCCAUGUGGACUGGUACUGUAAACUGUAUGAAAACUUGCUGUACAAGAAAGUUUGAAAGUGUAUAUUAUUCCGUUUUAAAUACCUUUUUAUGUAGUGGAGAGAAUAUAUCAUGUCCUUUAGAAGAUGGUUUCACCAUCUGUAGGAGAGCGUAACGUAAUAUUACCUGCAACUGAAAUCCCUGAAGAGUGAAAAAUAAGGCAGUCACGCUGAUACCAUCAUCAUAAUUAGUGGGUAUGUGAUUGUCUCUCUCUUAUUUUUCAUUUUUAUCCUAAAGGCAACUUCCAAUUAUGGAAGUCAGCUGUCCUUAGCCCAUGUGCGCCAGUGUUUAAAUUGUCCGUAUGAUUAUUUUUGCUCGAACACCUUUUAUGAGUAAUUUUAACUUUGGCUGAUAAGAAAAACAGGGAUGUCCAGGGAUUCUGUGAAAUAUAUUCAACUUCUAAACAAGGCAUAAAAAGACAUUACUUUUGGAUCAUUGUAUAAAUACGGGUUCAUGUGUCCUCUUUUUCAAAAUGACCAAAUUAUUCAAAUAUUCUUCAUCUUCAGUUCCACAGAAAGUCACCUCCAACGCACAGCUCUGUAGAUGACUUGGACAUCUGCGGUUUUGUUAUCUUAUUGAAAUUCUGACUUUGGCUUUGUGACUGUGAGAAUGUGAGUGCCAAUAAUGUUGAAGAGGCUGUGAUUAAAGCAUAAAUUAACUGAGCAACACUAACAACAUUAUACUGCUAAUGGCUUUAAUAUAAUAUAAAGUGCUUUCAAAUUAGCAAUGCUAAGCACAGUAAAGGCACUAUACAGUAUGGCACCUGUAGGACCUCAGCGUGUAAUAUUCCCAAAGCAAUGUGUAUUGUUUGAAAGGAAUAAGAUGUCUGCUGCACAGGACCCAAAACGCUGCAGAUCUGUGUGAGAAGCAAAGUCGAGACAACCACUAUUCAGAAAGUUGUCUGACAAUGAAUAUAUAUAUACUAAUUUAAAUUAAAUGUUAAAAAUCUUUAAAUUUGCCAAAAGACCAUAUUAAGCUGACUCUUGAUGUGCCCCCACAUCAAGACAGGAAAAAGUUCUAUUAAUAACUAACCCCAUAAGCCACAAUCUAGCAGGCUUUUUUAGGAAAAGGUAAUAAGGGGAUAAAUUGUAAUCAAUUGUAAGUGAUUUUAAUUUAGAAAUUAGACCAUAAAUCUAACCUUCAGGGAUACAAGUUCCUUUUAUUGAGCACAUUGAUUUGACAACCAGUUUUAGAAACAUGUUUUAGCACAACUAAUGUAUUGGGGCAAAACCUAAUUGGACUGGGGCUCUCUCUUUUUCCCUUUAAUUAAACCAGUCGAGAUUGAUUGGUUUAAAAACAGGGCAACAACAGCUCUCUGUUACUGUUCGUUACAUUUGUAACUCGGAGCGAUGACAUCAGUUAUGAACUUUGAACUAUCCUUUUGCAUGUCUUGGCUUUGCUUAGGCGCCAUCAGUUCAGGAGGAAGUGGAUUGCAUUACAAUCCACAAGUUAGUGAUUAAUUUCUAUACGUUGGCUAAACCUGUCUCCAGUGGUGACAGUCCUGCAUUUUCUGAUCAUCAUAUCGGUGCUUGUGAUGUUAAAAAGGCUCAUGCGCCCAUUAUUUUUGUCCCAUAACAAGUUUCAGGCGAAUCUCUAGACCCUCUAAGGUAGUAAAAGUAAAAAGGAAAAGCCAUGCGUCGCAUUAUCACAAUGGUAUGCUAUUAUGGAUUGAACAGUUACUUCUCCUAGAGCUGCAAAUCUUCCUUUUGUCAUAGUUUUCUGUAGAACAGUCAGUCAGUGGGGGAAAAGCACAGCUAAAGACUGGUGUGGAGAGAGCAGGCUGUGUUAUUUGGAGUCAUUAUAGUGGGGUUUUAAACAGAGCUGUUCUGCUCGCGCAAUGAAUGGGGAUGGUAGACACAGAGUAUUGAGACGCUAUCAGAAACGGCCAAGUCCUGCUGGGACACGUCCAUCUCCUCCUGCCUACCUCUCUGCAGCACCUGCUGCAGGCCUCAGUAAAGCACUGCAGGAUAGCACUGCUUCCUAGUUUGUUAUCUUUAAUUUAUUUUGCCAAAUACAUCUGACCUUUGAGAACGUGUGUGAUCGAGAUCUUCUUCGGCCACCCCUGUCUUCCUCGCCCGUUUCUGGCCCUCCUGAGAGAGAGGGGGGUAGUGAGCGUCAGAGGAGAAGCAGCGCAGGUGGCCUGAGACCACAACAGAGCUCUUUCCGUUCAGGAACACUGGUGCCAAAUUGUACCUCCUUUUAACGAGAGAGGAUUGUUGCAGGGGUCUUGUCCGUCUCUGCAUGAGGGUGGGCCAGAUUGUACCCUGUCAUUAUCGGUGUGAAGUUAUUACUGCUGUGCAAAGCUUGUCUGCCUUUUUGUAUGACUGACAUGCACUCUGUUCUGUUAUGAAGAUGGGUUUAUGGUAAUUAUUGCAUUACAGAUGGGGUUUGUGGUGUCUCACUACAUGAAUAACCCAAAUCAGAUGUUGUUAAUUUACAAAGUUUAUGCCUAAUUUGCCCUGCAUAAAGGGAUAGAGUCAGGGUAUAUACUGUAUGACCCUUACCAGAAUAAGUGACUUUCUGGAUGGCUAAGAUCGGCUAUUCUAGCUGAAUAGAUUUGGUCAGAAAUAAGGAUAUGAGCUGGAAUGCUCAAUAAUCGCAAAACGUUUUCUUCUUGUGUUUUUUUCACAUCUCCUUUAAAGUGGUGUAGAGUGAUUUUAAGGCUACUUGCCAUCUUAUUUUCUACAAUGGAACAGUCUUCCCAGGUAGAACAUAUUGUCUCUACAUGCAAGUGCAAGAUUCUGUUCUUUUUCUUUUUUUACACGCGUACAUAUUUUAGCAAGGUAUUUAAACAUUGACUAAAUAUUUACACAGCCAGUGUCAAAUAUGGUUUAAACACGACUUCUUAUCUUUGACCUUUAGCGACCUUGCCUUCAUACAGAUUGAUUUAACGUUACAAAUUCUAAAUUGCCAGCCAGUACAGUUAAAUCCAGUGGCUAUCUUUAGUUUUUGUGAAAAUAUCUGGAUUUUUCUUGUCGAGGAAGUAAAUAUUUCUUAACUGACAUAUUUUAGAUUCUGGCUGUAUUUCAGAGAACACAGUGCUUUACUUCUUAAAGCACAUUUAUAGUUUUGACUACGUUUGUGCUCUAUAGAAUAUGCUUCAAAUUACAAUGAUAUAUUAACAGCAGUGCUGCAUGUUUAAUUAGAAUGAUGCUAAAUAUGCUGUUUCUUUGGGCAACGUCUUUGACUGUACUGAGCUGUAGCAUAAUUUGUUUACUCAGAUUAAACCACUGGACCAUUGUUUUUUAUAAUAAUCGUAGAAACUUCUUGCUGGAAUCAUUUUUUUUAAAGAAGUGGUGCUUUGGGAUUCUAGUUAAUUUUUUUCGGUCACUCUUUUCUUUUGUAUGUACAUACAGUAUUGACAAUGUACGUCUAUUUCAGGUGUCCAUCAGAAUGCUGCGUAUGUUAAUUCAAUGACUUUCACUUUGAAUAUAAAUGCAAUAAACUUUUUCCAGAGAACGUCUCCC